AUGAGCGAGCGAGAUGCGCAUGACGGCGGGAACACCACCGGCCGCAGCGCGGGCGCGGCCGCGAGCAUCGACUCCUUCUCGCAGCUGCCGUUCAUCUGCCAGCCGGCCGCAGCCCGCGAGAAGCAGAAGCAGCCGCCGCCGCGAAGCUCCGCCGGGACAUCCGGCAUCCGGCUGUUCGGCGUUGACGUCCCACCGGACGCCGCUGCCCCGGGGACGGCCUCCCCCGCCGACGUGGAAGAAGGUAGCUCCGUCAACGAAAGCACCGACAACGCCGCUGCCGAACCGGCGGCAGGCGCUGCCGGGGCAGGCAGCAGUGACAGCGGCGGCGGCGGAGGGCCCCGGAAGUUCGAGUGCCACUACUGCUGCCGGAACUUCCCGACGUCGCAGGCGCUGGGCGGGCACCAGAACGCGCACAAGCGGGAGCGGCAGCACGCGAAGCGCGCGCAGUUCCAGACCGCCAUGGCCAUGCACCACAGCCAGUACUACUACCCGGACCCCGCCCACCUCUACCCCGCCUUCGCAGCUUAUAGACACCACCACCGCUUCGCCGCCGCACCGGCGCCGCCGCCGCACUACCCGUCGUGGGCGGGUGCCACCAGCAGGUACUACAGCGGACCCGGGUCCAUCUCGCAGCCGAUCAACGGCAGCCCGGUGACGCCGUCGUCCGGGCUGUGGCAGGUCUCCACAGGCGCCGGCCGCAUCGGAGUGGGGACUCCGGCUCCAUUGGCCGCGCGGCGUCAAGAACAGCCCGUGCAACCACUGCCGAUGAUGCUCGGAGCUGAGGAACCAGCAGUGGUGGUGCGGCCGGGAGCUGGCUCGGUGCCGUUCUCGCCGUCGACAUCCUCCUCGUCUUCGUCGGCUUCGCCUCAUAAGCGCCCCGCCCCACCGGAGUCUAAAGAGAAUAAUGUGAGUUUGGAUCUGAGCUUGUAG